GGUUUCGAGAGAAGAGGGGGGAUGGGGGGAUGGAGAGAGAGAAGAGAGCAUGUUUGUUGAAUGUGCUCAUUUUCUCGGGUGCGUGGGAGCAGGUGCUUUGGAGGGUGUGAGAGAGAAUUGUCGGUUAUAUUGCUAUUGGGGACUUUGGUGGUGAGGAUAAAUAUAAUAGACAAACACCUACCUAAUCACCGCUCACUCUUCUCUUUCUAUCAACAAUGUACACCACUACCCCCUUCUCCGCGCUGGUCGCCUUCUCCCUCCCCCUCCUAAGCACCGCUCAUUUUCUCCUCUCCUACCCCGCUUCCCGCGGUUUUAACGAAGACACACUGUCCCAAUUUCCGUGCGGAGGACAAGAUACCGUAUCUAGCAAUCGCACCCUCUGGCCUCUAUCCGGCGGUUCCAUUGCUCUAGACAUGGAAGAUGCAUCUGCGAAUAUCGAGGUGCUUAUUGGGUUUGGUAACCAUGUCGGAAGUGCAUUUAAUACCGUUUUACGACAAACUUUUGCCGAGACGGGGACGGGAAGUUUUUGUAUGGAGGGGUUGGUGGUGGAUGGGGUGGGGUGGAAUGUGACGGAGGGGAUGAAUGCUACGAUUCAGGUUGUGACUGGGGAGGCGGGGACGAGUGGGGGGUUGUACAAUUGUGCGGAUAUUACUUUCUCGAAAAAUGUAUCGGUGUCUGUGGGAAGUUGUUCGAAUGCAACGGAUGUGAAGACUACUGCAGCGACAGUUGCAGGAAAUCCGAAUACUACGUCGACUUCGACAGAGUCUAGUUCUGGGGCAGCUGCAUUUGGAGGAAAUUAUAGAUCGGUGGGAUUGGUGGCUGCUGGUGUUGUGAUUGCUUCGAUGUGGUGAUGUUGAUAUAUUAUUUCAUACCAUGUGUAACCUAGUUUACACUACCUAGCAUUUAAAGUAAUAUAGUACUUUUGCUGGCAGAUGUCUUCAUUACUGACGGUUAAGAGAGGAC